AUGUUCGGCCGACGAAAACGCGAAACUGUGGAUCAUGUUUUGCACUUGCAUUUGGGCGGAGCCACCGAGCCAAAUGAAGGCGUUGCCGCCAGCAGCAGAGGCAGCAGCAGCAGCCUAAGAGAGCACAUCAAGCUAAAGAAGAGGACGCGCGACGAGCAAGAAGAGGCGGACGAAAAUUGCCUAUCGAUUCUCGCGGCACUUUUCCGCAAAAUGAUCUUCUGCUGCUGUUGGCCGAUUCAAAAAUGCUGUAAGGUCCUCGCACUUCUCGACACCGUCAUCGUCGGCUAUUUCGCCUACAAGUCCACGAACAAUUUAAUGGAAACAUGGGGAAACUGGCACUGGACAACCAUCGCGCCAUUCCUCUUCUUCGUCGCCUUUUUCGUUUGCCAUGUGCUCGGAACCGUGUUGCUCAUUUUGGGCGUCAAACGGAAUAUGGCGCAUUAUUGCCUACCCAGACUUGUGCUCAUCAGCGGCCUCACCGUAUGCUCGCUUAUCUGCAUUCUCGUCAUGAUCGCCUACUUCACGGGUGCUUCAGUCUCAAUUAACGCGUUCAUUUUUCGUGUCUACGAGUAUUUCUUCGAGCAGCAGCUGUCGGAUGUCGAAAAGGUCGAGAUGAAGCACGAGUUGAUCUACUACGGCAUCGCGUUUCUCAUCCUCGCCAUCGCGUUUUUCGUCUACAACGUUCUCGAGCUCAUGCUGACGCGGAAACUUCAAAAAUCGCUCAACGUCUUCACCGCGGUGCCGACAGCUCCGCCGGCUCCCUAUAAUCCUGCCUAUGCGGCGCCACCGCAAAAAGCCUAUCCAAAUCUCGCCUAA